GUUUUAUAUUAUCACUGAAAAAGUUGUCCUUGACAACGGAAGUUGAUUCUUUAACCUGUGAUUAUUCAUAUUGAUAUUGCCAUUACAUCUUCUUUUGUCGCAAUUCAAUUUAUAAUGCCUUUAAGUCAAAAUGCAAAAGAAUGUGGGUGGUUCUACCAUGCCCCAACUAAAAAAAAUGUUGGUGCUCCAAAAUUGGACUAUCCAGCGCCUUCCAAUAUCCCAGGAUUAGGCUUUGAUGAUCCUGUAGAUGUAGAAAACCAACACUGCAAGGAAAUGGUGUUUAAAGAAACGGAUACACAUUACAUUAGAUUAGCUAAAAUGGGAGGUAGAAAAGAUUUGCUGUCCUUUAAAUCUGACAAUGAACGUCAGAAAUCAGCAGGUCCAAGGGGGUAUCCAAGAAAUGAUUGGUUUUAUUUAGAAGACAACAGGAUGCAGGAUGAAUACGAGCGAGGAAAUGAAGAGAAAAAAUCGUGGCAGUUCUUAUUGCCAGACUACAUGGUUCAUCAGAGUUACAAGCCUUCCUUUGAGGAGCCCGAUAGCAGACCAACACGUAGUGCUGCCCCUUUUUAUACUGAAGUGAACUGUGGUAUUGAAGAGGGAAGACAGGCAACAGAUAAAACUGUCAAGAUUCAAGAGCCAAGAAAACCAGGAUUUGGAGUCAGAUUGGAGAAGCCUGCAGCUACAGCACAGAAACCACCACCCAGAGAUAAAAUAACUAAACCAAAAGACUCAGAAACUUUGCAGGGAGAGAGAAAGAAACAAAACUUUAUUGUUAUGCCUACAGAAAAAGAAGAACCUACAAAUAUGCAGAAGCUCUUGUCUGGAGAUUAUGAAAAGGAAUGGUAUUCUAAACUGGCACAAAUGCAAUACAAAGAACAAGCUAAUUUAAUGAAAGAUGCACCUAAUAGUAAUGACCCUCAAAUGGUGCUUUCUGAGAAAAUUUCUUCAGCUAAUCACAGACGAAAUCGAACUGACAUUCAUUCUAGCUACACACAUAAAAGAAAGAAUGAAGUAGAAGAAAAAGAACCAUUUGUGCUAAACAGAUUUAAGAACAUCUCACCAAAAGUUGAUUCAUACCAGAGAACAGAGUUAAUGGCAGAGUUAAAGUAACCAGCCAUAUAGACCUAAAUAUGUAAAUAAUUAAGAUGUUUAAAUAGUUUAGUGUUCACCAUUCAGUACAAAAAUGAUUAGCAAUAAAAUGCAAAUAAAAAAGAAGUUUUUACAAUUAUUUUACUAUAAAAUUAUGUUUUCUUUUACUAACUUUAUUCCAUCUUUAUAUAUCAAAAGGCUUACACAAAUUAUUAAACCUAUCAAGUUUUUAAGUUGUAAUAAAUUGUUUCUACAGUGUGGAACAUCUAUUUAUUUUCAUUUUAAUUAUCACAACAAAUUCUUUUGUCUGAAAAAUGAUGUUUAAUAAUUUUUUUUCUGCUGAAUAUAUUUUGUCCAAAUUCCAGUAAAAAUGAUAAUUUUUAAAAGAAAAGUUGUAUUUUUUGUUUGUGAAAAAAAUUCAUAUAUUUAUUCUAAUAAAUUACAGACAUUACUUCAAAAGAAAAGAAUUAUGUGAAUGUAUCAAAUAGCUAACAAUUUCAUAUUAAAUAUAAAAUUAUUACAACACAGAGGUACAGUUCAAUUCUUGCUAAUAUAAUAAAUACAAUAAGAAAGAAUACAAUCUCUAUUUCAAAAGAUCCUUUAAGCAGCAAUACUUUUAUUUAACUUAUUUAUACUUUUAUUUAAAUUAUUUAGUGAACUGUAACAGAACAAAAAAAUGAAGUUAUUUUAUCAAAUGUUGCUUGUCACCUUUACAAUUGCUAUUGCAUUAAAGUAUCAUUGUUUUAUAAUAAAAUAUAAACAAAUUUGCAUAAAGAAAUUUUUGACUUUGAAAAUAAAUUUUAAUGUUGUAUUUGUACAACAGUGACAAAAUAUACAAAUAUUUCAUAAAUUUAAAGAAAUAUAUACAGUUGUCUUCGUUGCGGUGCCUAAGGACUGAGUUCAUUGCACUGGGGGGGGGGGGUAAAAACCCUAACAAACAUGUCAUAUCCACACACCCACACACCGUUUCUCAAGGGGUCAUUUUUUUAUGGCGGAUGUGGUACAGAGAAGAAACAUGGGAGAGUUUCCACGGUGUGCUUGGCCUUGGGCCUCACUUAAAUCCGAGCAUCCUGUGAUACAAGUCAUCAGUAAUAGGGAUGUAAUAAUUUACAUCUUUCCAGACAGAAGAUUGUUCAGACAGGCGGAGGCAAGCUUCCACAGGUCUUAAGUUGUAAGACUCAAUGACAAAGUAGAAGGUAGCCUGAGCCUGUCCUACUAUUAGCUCUAAAUAGAACGAGUUAAUUUCUUUCUUCUACCUGGUGUCAUUAUUAUUGUUAGUUGCCAUCAUAAACAUUAGGGCCCACGUGGGGCUAAUUAGGGCAAAGGGGGAUAACCCUAAUCAAAACUGAUACUGGGCCAUAAUGGGCAUGUUUAUAUGUUUAUAUAGCUGCUACUUUGCUAAACGAAUAUUAAUUUAUCACAGUGAAGUUUUUAUUACCUAAUGCUUCUAGUCUAGAACAAUAUAGAUGCAUGACACACCUUUCCUCUUCAUACCUGAUGAUACCCAGCCCAAGAAAGUAGCCCUACAUAACAUACUACAACAUAAUAAAAGCCACAAAAAGAUUGCUUAGUGGAGGUCAGGGGCGGACUGGCUAUAUGGGCACUAAGGCCGAUGCUAGGUGGGCCGGUUUACAAAUGGGCUGGUAGGACCACGAAAGGGCCGCAUGGAUGCCACCAUGGUACGCGCAUCAAAUUGUUAAUAAAACCAUAUAAAAAUGCCAUCAGAGCGUUGUGUUAAAAAAAAAAAACUUUCACAGACUCUGCACUGUAAUACUAUUUUAAUCUAAUACAUUUUCCGAAAUAUUGUGAUAGCCUACAUUCGUAGAUAGUGCUACUAGUAGGCUUCAUCCUUUUAGGGCGAUCAAAAAGCAACAUAAGGUCUAGGCCUAUAUUUCUAUACAGAUUUAGAGUUCACUAUAUGCAUGCCUAUCGAUCAGACUUAACAUAAUGACUUUGAGGACAGGUAGGCUUAGAAUUGAAUGCCCAUCAUAUGAUAUAGCCUACAAGUUAUGUGCCGGAUUGUAUAGAAAUGCCUGAACCAAUUUUGACACCCAGUCCGCCCCUGGUGGAGGUUAUAUCUCUGCUGCCCAUUUUAAAAAGCUGUAAUGGUGUUUAUUUCAUUUACUAUGUUGUCAAAUGUUGUCACAACUCUGCAGAGUCAUUGGUUUUUCUAGCUGAUUCAGGUGUUAGUCAAAUAUGAAUAUUCACAUUCAGUAAUUCUCGCUGCUCUACUUUUUUAUGUUUUCUUGAGUUGAGGAUGUUAAUUCGAAUAUUGGUCUAUGCAAGGUUAAAUAGCAUUUUAGUUGUUUAUUUGCUUUUUUUUUUAUUUCUCAUUAUAAACCUUAAUGCUUUGUUGUUGUUUUUUUUUUUAUAUUUUCAUCAAUAUAGGGAUUUUACGAUCAUU